AGGCUCCCCGACGCCACUGCCAUCGUUCAAGCGCUGAUUUCUCUGUUUCUCUUCCUUCUCCUUACCAUUUGUGCUCGAGUCGUUUCUAACGGUUAAGAAAACUUCAUUCAAAUCCAAAACGUUUAUUAGCUUCCCUUUUUUUUUUGUUUCUUCGAUCCUUUUCCCCUCUUUGCUGGAGACACCCGCUCGCCUUCGUCGCACUCGGCUCCUUCCUUACGGCCGACACUUCCCGCCAGUUGUGUGCUUCCGCCGGAAAGAACAGCCAAGACGCAGCGAGGCGUUCGACGCCGCUGACCUCUUACCGUAUUUGUCCGUGCGUGCUCCUCGGGGCGACUUCGCUUGUGGUUGUCCGACACGCCAGCGCUCCUCGCCGCAGCUUGGCUUGUGCGCCGAGUGCUGUUCUCUACCCCGGCUCCGCUUUCUUUCUUUCUUUCGCAAAAACAAAAGUUACUAUCGACAUUCGCGAUGGCCACCCUGCAGCAGGUGCGCGAUCAGCUGGCGAAGCUCGUCGCCUUCCGCUCCGUGAGCGCCGACUCGAACCUCGAGCUGAUCGAGUACGUGCGUGCGUACCUGAGCGGGUGCGGUGUGGCGCACGUGACGGUGAUGAAGGCGCAGGACGGGAUCCACGCCAACCUGGUGGCGACGCUGCCGAGUGCGGCCGGCGCGACGGAGGGCGGCCUGAUCCUGAGCGGGCACACGGAUGUUGUGCCUGUGGAGGGGCAGGCGUGGGACAGCGACCCGUUUGUGCUGACGGAGCGGGAGGGCAAGCUGUACGGGCGCGGGUCGUGCGACAUGAAGGCCUUCAUUGCGGUGGUCCUUGCCCUGGUGCCGGAGUGGGUGCGCACGCCGCCGCGCAAGCCGGUGCAGCUGGUGCUGACCUACAACGAGGAGACGAACUUCGGCGGCGUGAACGAUCUAGUGGCGAGCUGCAGCGCUGCGCUGAAGAAGUGCGAGGGCUGCAUCGUGGGUGAGCCGACGAUGCUGGACCUUGUGAUCGCCCACAAAGGCAUCUGCUCCAACUACAUCACGAUGCGCGGCAAGGCGGCGCACUCCUCGCUGCAGACGGCGGGCUACAACGCGAUCGAGCCGGCCGCACAGUUCAUGAACUUUUUGUUUGAGAUGAGGGAACGGUUUGCGCGCGAGGGCCCCUUCGAGGAGGGCUACGCGGUCACGCACACCACUCUCUGCCCUUCGUUCGUGCGCGGCGGCAACGCGAUGAACACGAUCCCCGCGGCGUGCACGGUGGGCUUCGAGUUCCGCAACGUCCAGGCCCACAGCGGUGCCGGCAUCAAGAGGGAAAUCCAUGCGAAGCUGGAUGAGCUGGAGAAGAAGAUCAUGUCCGCUAUGACGUCGUUGGAGGGCGAUGCGGCGGGGGCGAAAGGCUCCUGGAUUGAUCGUAAAGGCAUGCAGGACGUGCAGCCCUUUAGCGGCAAUGACGGUGCAGCGGUGGUCCAGGCGCUCCGCGUGGCGCAUGGUGCGGAGCCGAAGACGCUGAAGGUGUGCUUCUGCACCGAAGCGGGCGAGUACCAGAACCUCGGCGUGAACACCGUCGUGUGCGGUCCCGGCAGCAUUGAGCAGGCGCACAAGGCGAACGAGUUCGUGUCACUGGAGCAGCUGGAGAAGGGGCUGGCGGUGAUCCGCCGUGUGGUGCAGCUGAUGUGCGGCGGCGGUGCCGCGAGCCAGCUGUGA